CCAAGAUGGCGCUGGCAGCAGCCGUGGCGGCCUGAGCGUCAUGCUCCCGGUCCUCGCCGACGGCGGCGCCUGUGGCCUCGGCCAAGGCCUCGAGUCUCUUCCGGGAGUGAGCGCUCAGGCUCCUCUCCUCUGGCCUGGUUAGUCCGGACAGAGAGGAACACUGAGAGAGCGGCUGCCCGCUCCCCGGCACCAUGGCUGGCAUCAUCAAGAAACAGAUCCUGAAGCACCUCUCCAGCGUUCCCUGCUGGCUGUGGUGGAGAUUGGUGUGCUGUGAAUUGCAUAACCACCUAAAUGAGUACCAGAAGAGUCUAAGAGCCACUGGCAACUGACUACUUGCUUUCAUCAGGAAUAGGGAGCUUUUGUCUGAAUUUCCUGCCCUCAGAUUUACCAAAAAUUUAUCUCCUGACAAGAUAAAUCUAAGUACCCUUAAAGGAGAAGGUGAACUGAAGAAUUUGGAGUUAGAUGAAGAGGUGCUACAGAAUAUGUUGGAUUUGCCCACAUGGCUUGCUAUCAACAAAGUUUUUUGUAAUAAAGCAUCCAUUAGGAUCCCAUGGACAAAACUGAAAACACAUCCCAUCUGUUUGUCUUUAGAUAAAGUAAUAAUGGAAAUGAGUACAUGUGAAGAGCCCCGUGCUCCAAAUGGUCCAUCACCAAUUGCAACUGCUUCAGGACAAAGUGAAUAUGGCUUUGCUGAAAAAGUAGUUGAGGGAAUUACUGUUUCUGUAAAUUCUAUUGUCAUCAGAAUAGGAGCAAAAGCCUUCAAUGCAUCCUUUGAACUUUCUCAGCUAAGGAUCUACAGUGUAAAUGCAAACUGGGAACAUGGAGAUUUAAGAUUUACUCGUAUUCAAGAUCCACAGAGAGGAGAGGUUUUGACAUUUAAAGAAAUGAAUUGGCAGAUGAUUCGAAUAGAGGCGGAUGCCACCCAAAGUUCACAUCUUGAAAUUAUGUGUGCUCCUGUUCGAUUAAUAACUAAUCAAUCAAAAAUCAGAGUCACACUUAAAAGAAGAUUAAAAGACUGCAAUGUCAUAGCAACAAAGUUAGUUCUAAUAUUGGAUGAUUUAUUAUGGGUUUUAACGGAUUCUCAGUUGAAGGCUAUGGUACAAUAUGCAAAAUCUCUUAGCGAAGCAAUAGAAAGAUCUACAGAACAGAGGAAAAGUAUGGCUCCUGAACCUACACAGAGCUCUACAGUAGCCCCAUCUACUCAGCAAGUAAAGACACCACAGACUCCAAGUGCUCCUGAUCUGAAUGAUGCAAUUGUGAAACUCUUCAGUGACUUUGAUGUUAAAGAAACCUCCCAUCAUUUAGUGAUUUCUCACCUAGAUCUCCACAUUUGUGAUGAUAUUCAUGCGAAAGAAAAAGAAUCAAACAGACGUAUUACUGGAGGCGCCAUGCAACUCUCUUUUACACAGUUGACCAUAGAUUAUUAUCCUUAUCAUAAAGCUGGAGACAGUUGUAGUCACUGGAUGUAUUUUAGUGAUGCAACCAAGACAAAAAAUGGAUGGGCCAAUGAACUGUUACAUGAGUUUGAGUGCAACGUGGAAAUGCUUAAACAGGCUGUAAAGGACCAUAAUGUAGGUUCACCUCCUAAAUCCCCAACACAUGCCUCUCCCCAGCACACACAAACAGAGAAGGAUUCUACUCUGAAAAGCAGUUCUAGAACAUCUUCAGUAUUAUCUCAACAAUCAAAAGCUAAGCUUAUGUCUAGUUCCGUUGUGGUUAGACUUGCAGAUUUCAAUAUAUACCAGGUCUCUACAGCAGAACAAUGUCGUUCUUCCCCUAAAAGUAUGAUUUCCUGCAACAAAAAAUCCUUGUAUCUUCCACAAGAAAUGUCAGCUGUCUACAUAGAAUUCACAGAAUAUUACUAUCCAGAUGGAAAGGAUUUUCCCAUUCCAUCUCCUAACCUGUAUAGCCAGCUGAAUGCACUGCAAUUUACUGUGGAUGAAAGAAGCAUUCUAUGGCUGAAUCAAUUUCUUCUGGACUUAAAACAGAGCCUUAAUCAGUUCAUGACUGUGUACAAGUUGAAUGACUCAAAAUCUGAUGAGCAUGUUGAUAUUCGAGUGGAUGGAUUAAUGCUAAAGAUUGUCAUUCCUUCCGAAAUGAAAUCUGAAUGUCAUCAAGAUCAACCACACACCCUUUCUAUUCAGAGUUCUGAAAUGAUUGCCACAAAUACAAGGCACUGUCCAAACUGUCGACAUUCUGAUCUAGAAGCUCUGUUUCAAGACUUCAAAGAUUGUGAUUUUUUUAGUAAAACUUACACUCGCUUCCCUAAGUCUUCUGACAGUUUUCAUCUUCUACAUCCAAUUUUCCAGAGACAUGCUCAUGAACAAGAUACUAAAAUGCAUGAAGUGUAUAAAGGAAAUAUUACUCCUGAGUUGAAUAAAUAUACUCUUAAGUCUUCUGCUGCCAUGGAUGUUUGGGCAGUACACUUUUCUCAAUUUUGGAUAGAUUAUGAAGGCAUGAAAAGUGGGAAAGGAAGACCAAUAAGUUUUGUAGAUUCGUUCCCUCUAUCUUUCUGGAUUUGUCAACCAACAAGAUAUGCAGAGUCACAAAAAGAGCUGCAGAAUUGUAAUCAAGUAUCUCUAAAUACAUCCCAAAGUGAAUCUAGUGAUCUGGCUGGCCGACUGAAGCGGAAGAAGCUCUUGAAAGAGUAUUAUAGUACAGAAUCUGAGCCCUUGACAGAUGGUGGUCAGAAACCUUCAUCAGAUACAUUUAUAAGCUUUUCCUCUUCAUCAUCAGAUGCAGAUAUUCAUGUUUUGGUUCAUGUUCAUAAACAUGUUAGUUUGCAGAUCAAUCACUACCAAUAUCUGCUGCUACUUUUCCUACAUGAAUCACUUAUUCUCCUUUCAGAUAACUUAAGGAAAGAUGUGGAAGCUGUGACUGGCAGUCCUGCUAGCCAGACAUCUGUUUGUAUUGGUGUUUUACUUAAAAGUGCAGAACUAGCUCUCUUGCUACAUCCAGUGGAUCAUGUCAAUACUCUUAAGUCACCUCUUUCUGAAAGUGUGAGCCCAAUGGUUCCUGAUUACUUGCCUACAGAAAAUGGAGAAUUUUUAUCUUCCAAAAGAAAACAAUUUAGUAGUGGUAUAAAUCAAAUAAGAAGUGUAACUGUUAAUCAUAUGUCAGACAACAGGUCUAUGAGUGUUGAUCUUAGUCAUGUCCCUUUAAAGGAUUCUUUGCUUUUUAAAUCAGCUAGUGAUACAAAUCUGCAGAAAGGUACUUCUUUUCUGGAGUAUUUAUCAGAUAAGCAUUUAGGGAAAAUAAGUGAAGAUGAAAGUAGUGGACUUACUUACAAGAGUGGCUCAGGAGAAAUUGGAUUACAAAUAAGUGACAGAAAGGAUUCAUCUCAUGCAGAUUCAAGUAAUGUCUUGAACUACAGGGAAGGAUCAAAAAUGCCAUCAUUUGGUAAUGACAGUAGUCAAAACAUGCUUUCAAAUAAUUUAACUAAUAAAGGAAAUGAAACCAUAGAGUCGAUCUUCAAAGCUGAAGAUUUGCUUCCAGAAGCAUCUUCACUCCCUGAUAGCCUGGAAAUGAGUAAAGAAGAAGGAUCCACAGUUAGAACACUUAAACCUCAGUCAUCUUUAAGUGGAAAACCUAAGGAACGUUGCCCACCCAACCAGGUUCCACUCUGUGUUUCUUAUAAGAACAUGAAAAGAAGCUCCUCCCAAAUCUCCUUGGAUACUAUUUCAAUUGACAGCAUGAUACUGGAAGAACAGUUGUUAGAAAGUGAUGGAAGUGAUAGUCAGAUAUUUUUGGAAAAAGGAAUUAAAAAGAACUCGACUACAAAUUACCAGAGCCCAGCAGAGUGUAUGAAUGCCAGUGCAAACGUGCAAAAUUACGGGGAAAACUCUCCAGAUGCCAUUAGUACAAAUUCAGAGGGUGCUCAAGAAGCCCAUGACGACCUGAUGUCAGUUGUGGUGUUUAAAAUUACCGGUGUGAAUGGGGAAAUUGACAUUCGAGGAGAAGAUACAGAGAUAUGUCUUCAGGUAAACCAGGUGACACCAAAUCAGCUAGGUAAUAUCAGUCUUCGCCACUACCUUUGCAAUCGUCCCAUAGGUUCUGAUCAGAAAUCUACGAUUCACUCCAAAUCCUCUCCUGAGAUUGCUCUGAGGUUUGAAAGUGGGCCUGGUGCUGUCAUGCACUCUUUGCUAGCAGAAAAAAAUGGAUUUUUGCAAUGCCAUAUAGAAAACUUCAGCACUGAAUUCCUUACAUCUUCUCUUACAAAUAUUCAACAUUUUUUGGAAGAUGAAACUAUUGCAACAGUAAUGCCAAUGAAGAUACAAGUUUCUAACACAAAAAUAAAUUUGAAAGAUGACAGUCCUCGGAGUAGUACAACAUCCCUUGAACCAACUCCUGUAACUGUACAUAUUGAUCAUCUUGUGGUAGAGAGAAAUGAUGAUGGCUCUUUUCAUAUCAGAGAUUCUCAUAUGUUUAACACCGAAAAUGAUUUGAAAGAAGAUUUCAAAAGUGAUUCAGUGCUGAUGACUGGUGAUACGUACGAUCUGAAGAAACAGCCCAGUGUCACUCAAGCCACUCAGACAAGCCCAGAUGUUCCUGAGUGCUCACUUCACUUUACUAAGGAACAGCUCAUGGAAGAGAAUGAAUCACUUAAACAAGAACUGGCUAAAGCUAAAAUGGCUCUUGCAGAGGCUCACUUGGAAAAAGAUGCACUUCUUCAUCAUCUAAAGAAGAUGACAGCUGAAUAGCAGCAAGAGCCAUCAGAACUCAGGUCACAGCUAUGGAGUAGGAAAGUUAUGUUUACAAUUCAGAUGUUAUCAAUUAGUGGAAGACUUUCCUUUUCUUGAAAAUAAAAUGAAAUGGAAUGUGAUGACGUUGUGACUGUUCCAAAGCCAUUUUUAGAAAGUUAUUAUAAAUGAGCAUUACAAUCUCUCCUAUUUUAUGUUUGGGAUUUAACCUUCUUCUCAACUGGUGUAAACUAGAAAUCAGCACAUACUGUAAAAUAAUUACAUGCCUAGCGAAAAGAAGAUACCAUUUCCUAAUUUUAAUAUCUCAUAUACAUUUU